GCGAAGGGAGUCCGGCCGGCGGCAGCAGCGUGAAUAAUUUAGAUCACCAUCUCCACCACCACCACCGCAGCGAGCCGCCGAACAUGGCCAAUAACGCGGCUCCCGCCGCUGCCGCCGGUAACAACAACAACGCCAGCGGCGGCGGCGGCGGCGGCUCCUCCUCGGAGCCGGCUCUGAAGGAAGGUGGAAGCUCCUCGGAGUUAUCUUCAUCUUCUUCGUCUUCUUCCUCCUCCUCCUCCUCCUCCUCCAACCCGGGCUCGGCUAUGGAGACGGGGCUGCUCCCCAACCACAAGCUGAAGAGCGUCGGAGGCGAUCACCCCGCCGCGCCGCCCCACCACCACCAUGCCCACCACCCGCAUCACCAUGCCCACCACCACCAUGCCCACCACCCGCACCACCACCACCAUGCACUACAGCAGCAGCUAAAUCAAUUCCCGCCGCCGCCGCCGCAGCAGCCGCCGCCUCAGCACCAUCCCGUGCAGAAUAACAACAGCAGCCUCGGCGGCGGCGGCGGCGGCAGCGGCAGCAACAACAACGGCGGUGGCGGUGGCGGCGCUGCUCAGCCCAGUGCAGACAUGGAGCAGCAGCAACAUGGAGGAAAAGACAGUGUUUUGGGCGCUCAGGCCGAGCCCCCCCAGCAGCCGCAGCAAAUGCUGAAUAAAGGCGCCGACGAGGAGGAGAUGCCCGGCAAGAUGGGCGAGCCCAUCGGCGGCCGCUACGACCACCCCGGCUUGGGACCCCUGGGCGGACAGCAGCAGCCCCAGCAGCCGCCCCCGAGCGCUGGGAGCGGCGGCGGCGGCCUCGGCGGCGGCGGCGGGAGCGGGGGAGGCGGCGGCGGCCCCUCCGCGGUGGGUGUCUCGGAGUUCAAUAGCUAUUAUGGCAACCCUGCCCCUGCCCCUGCCAGCAGCGCUACGGCGAGCCGCGCCGGGCCUUGCUUUGAUCAACAUGGCGGACAACAAAGCCCCGGGAUGGGGAUAAUGCACCCCACGGCGGCCCCCAACAGCAUGGACCCCCUGCAGAACUCCCACGAAGGGUACCCCAACAGCCAGUACAACCACUACCCGGGCUACGGCCGCGGCCCCAGGAAAAGUCCUUGGCGUCAGCGAAGGGGCGCGGGCACGGGAGCAGGCCGCCGCCCCCGCUCCCUCCCGCACUCCUCUGCCCCAGCCCCGGUAACUCCGGCGAUCGAUCGAUGGAUGGAUCCGAUCGAUAGGCAGGCGCGAUGA